UUUGAUAAGAUAAUAUUAAGUAAUACUCCUAUAAAUAAAUACUUAAAAGAGAAAGUGAGUAAGAAAAACAAAUCUUGUCAAGUAGAAAAUGCUAGUAAAACUAAUAUAUCAGAAGGUAGUAAUUCUACUAUUCCUGUAAUUAAAAAUGUUGCAGAUGACAUGCUUAAAGAUAGUAAUUCUAAGGAUAAACCUGAUAAUAGUCCUCUAAAAGAGAUAUAUACUGAGCAGACUUUCACCUCAUUUGAAAUAUUUGAGCAAUACUUAAAAUAUUAUUCAGUCUAA